AUGCAGGACAAGAAGCAUGGGAGAGGCCUAUUACAAUGAAAAAUGCCCCCACCCCCGAACUUGGGAGCAUUUGUAUUGCAAACCUUUCCAAAUGAAACAUCUGCCCUCUUGCAUCUAUCAGCAUCACAGGUUUCUAAUCGUGAAUAGCAAAAAUUUGUAUUGCAAAAGACCCCAGCAAGAGUGGCACUUGUCAUGCAAACGAUGCGAUACACGCCUAGACUCUGCAUCAGAAAGAUUCAUACUCCUUUCAUGCAUGGCAAAAGGUUUUCAUUUGGAAACUUCGCAUCACAAUAAUUUUUUGCAACUUUGGGGGUGGGGGCAUUUUUCACUGUAGUAAGGCCGCGAAGUGUGGUUCGAGGAUAAAUCUGUCUACGUGGGCGAGUAUGUCAACGGCAUGAAGCACGGGAGGGGUCAGUACGUUUGGGAGGACGGAAGCCAAUACGAGGGCGACUUCCAAAACGACAUCAUACAAGGGAGAGGUAUAGCUGAAAGCUGGAAAUAAAUGCUUGUGUCAUGCUUGAAGAAGGCCAGCUGGUGCAGUAGAGCGGCGUGAAGUACUUACUUUUUUGAAGCGCGAACUUGUUGAUGCUGGUGAUGAUGAAAAUGAAACUGCUAGCUGCGCUGCUUCAGCACAUGAUCAUGAAAUGAUGUGUACCUGCAAACAAAGCCAACAACAACAUAAUUAUACUAUAGGUGUCUACAAGAGCCUGAAAUCAACGUACGACGGCACAUUCUUCAACUCCAUGCAGCAUCUAUCCAGAGGCAAAAAAUAACUUUACAUCAAGCACUUCUACAUUGAGCCGUUUGUUUGUCAUGCACGAUAUUCGAGCCAGCAUGUCCUCUAUCAUCAUAGAAGAGCUUCCUCGGCGCACAUACAAAAAAACGAAUAUGCAUCUUAUUGUUUUUGCUCACAAAAAGUGAUUUUUUCCCUGGAGAAAUCGGCGUGGGGAAGCAGAUAUCCUGUGCAAAAGUAUCGUACUCGUAGUAAUUGCAUUUAUGCAUUACAAAGCUCGUUCUCAAGGUAAAACAGCAUGACAAAUUCCAUUUGUCAUGCUGAGCUAAUUUGUAUUGCAAUCACUAUACAUUAUAUUCAUGCGAAAAAAGAGGUAGACAGAGGGUCUCAGAGAGGUGGCCGAGAGGUAAAAAAGAGGUCGACAGAGGUAGAAAAGAGGUCGACAGAGGUGGAGAGGUGGCGCGGGACCCCGUUCGAGAGGGUCCGCGAGAGGGUGCGCGAAUAAGGCCCGCAGUAAGCGCCCACCCUUAGGCGCCGCCUAAGUGGCACAGAGGGCGCAGAGAGGUCAAAAAGAGGGGGCGCGAGAGGUCGACAGAGGUGGAGAGAGGUGCUGCGAAUAAGGGGCGACCUCUCGCGGACCCUCUUGGCCACCUCUCGGCCACCUCUGUCGACCUCUACCCGCGAGUAUAGCCGGAUUAUUAGCGGGGACCCCCAAAAGAGGCCAAAAAGAGGGUCUGCGAGAGGUCUGCGAGAGGGCAAAAGCACAAAGAAGCGGGCGCGAAUCCGCAUGGUAGUGCCCAUAUUUCGCACUGCAGGCCAUUCGCGGACUUGUUUUGUUCGGCGCCUUUCCGUGCCACCCUCUCGCGCACCCUCUCGCGCCACCCUCUCGCGCCACCCUCUCGCGCACCCCUCUCGCGCCACCCUCCCGCGCCACCCUCUCCCGCCAUGCGGCUUCUGUUCGCCCCCGGCGUUUUUUGCAGCUGCUCCCUGCGCAGAGCGCCCACAGGCGCGGGAGGCGCGCAAGUGGUCCUGCGGCUUGGCGCGGCGCAAAUCGACGGCAGGAAUCCAGUGCGUUUCGUUGUGCCUACUAGGCCCGUGGGGUUGUGGUCCGAGCGGCAAACAGCCUUGCCCCGGCCCAACAGCCUUGCGCUCCGGCGGCAGCCGGAGCAUGGCUGGUUACUACUAGUACGAUACUUUUGCAGUUCAUAGCAGACGUGGAAUGACGGGCGAGCAUGUACGUGAGCGAAAUGAAGCAAAACGGACGAGUUUCUUCCUAUGAAAAUUGAAUAAAUAAAAUGUAUGUUUGUCAUGCGGAACAAGCGUAUUUGGUGAUACCUAUGUUAGGAAAGAAGCUACUGCUACCUUCUACCGUGUGGUAGUGGCACCACGAGUAUGAUCACCAACAUGAAGCGAUAUGUGCAACACAAGUUCAUGAUUGGGGCAUUCGAGUUAAACAAGAUGAGUUUUGCUCGCAUAUCGAACGAGGGCAACUUCCUGGAGAACCACCGACAUGGGCGCGGCAAGAUGCGAUGGUAUAAUACAGCCUUUACUUUUUGCAGUUUCAUCAUGCGUCGUGUAGUACUAACCUAUGAUCACAAGGUAAGUAGUGCGAGGAACGAGGGCCGGCGUCGUCCUCAUAUUCACUCUAAUAUGCGUGGUCGUGUGCUCUUCAUUUUCAUUUUUAGAGGGUUCAUUACGGGCAUUUUUCGUUUUGGAACCACGACAAGCAGUGUGCUUUGAUCUCAGAAUUGUAACGCUAAGUACUUCCUGGUCCGUUUUACAAACUGCAGGCCCGACGGGCAUGUGUAUGACGGGACGUGGGCGCGGGGCCAGCAAGACGGCGAUGGAAUAGAGGGCAAGCCAGGACAGGAGGUGGCUGUGAAAUACCAGAACGGGGUGCGAAUACAGAAGGGGUCGUCCUCUUAUCCGUCCGCAUGCAGAGGCAUCUUCGCGCAGGUCUAGAAGACGAUGUUGAUGUGCAGCAAUAAACUUUUGCAGAAGGAGGAAGGAGGGCUGCUGCAUGAUGUGAUGAAAAAGAAUAAAAUGCAUCAUGAUAAAUGAAUUAUGAAAUCAAUAUGGUGAAGUAGAUCUUCCUGCUUUCGUAUACGCAUACCAAAGCUCCUGCUCCUAAGUGUAGGUGCCAGCUAAUAAGUACAACUGCAUCCAGCGUCGUGUCGAUAUCAUGCAAGAUGAAUAUAAUGUGCGAGCAGGCUUCUGCAUUCCAUACAGCCGCAAGCACGACGACCACUGCGGCCGCAGGUACCAAGGACCAUCUCAAAUCUGGCGACGGCGAGACGGCGGCGCAUGUAGCUGGUGCAACCAACAGCGUCACAACGGCGGUUGGUGCGUGAAGAUGAUCGUGAGGGCGGACAAUAAAUGCCGCGGCAAACAAGAAGGUGCUCGCUGUCGUGGCGGGAGGCAUUAAGCACUUUCCACUCGCACAACUUCCCCCGCAACGUCUGCAGUCGUCGAUCAUCUAUGUCUACUCCGCAUGAAGAUUUUUACGCAAGUACGAAAACAAUUUGUGCCGAUUCAUCGAUGCUCCUUGAUCAUUUUUCCCCCUGCUGAUCGUGCGUAU